AUGGACUUCCAUCUGAAGCAAUGGAGGAACCAACAUGAGUCAGAAAUGGAAGAAGAACAACAACCACAGCCAUCCACCAAGAUUCCAAAACUCCUAUUGGAUCCCUCUCCUCCUCCUCCUGCUUCUGACCACCAUCCUCCUCCUUCUACUACUCCUCCUCUCCCUUUGUUUGUACCUUCAGCUGAUUCAACUACCAAGCUCACCAGCAACCUCAGCUACAGCAAUCUGUCAGCAGUUCCCACAAGGAUGGGAAGUUACUUCAGCUUGGCGCAGUGGCAGGAGCUGGAGCUUCAAGCUUUGAUCUACAGAUAUAUGUUGGCUGGAUCUGUUAUACCUGCUGAACUCCUCAACCCAAUCAAGAAGAGCCUUCUCCUUCACUCUUCCUCUGCUUCCCCUGCUUCCUUUUUCCUUCAGCAUUACUCCAAUCCCUAUCAGCCUUCUGCCUUGUUGCAAGGAGGAUAUUGGGGAAAGGCUGCCAUGGAUCCGGAGCCGGGGCGGUGCCGGAGAACCGACGGCAAGAAAUGGCGGUGCUCUAGAGACGUGGUGGCUGGCCAGAAGUACUGCGAGCGCCACGUCCAUCGCGGCCGCAACCGUUCAAGAAAGCCUGUGGAAGUUACCACCGCCGCUGUCCCCUCCUCUCUUGGUGCUGGUACUGGUUUCAACUCCUCCACCGCCGUCCCAUUUGGCGGUAGCUCUGCUCGCCCGCCGCUGGCGGUACCUCUAGCUAGUGGAAUCGGCGGAGGAAGAGGGGGGUCUUUCCCUUCAGCUGAUCUACUCCAUCUGAGUCAAAGAUCGUCGGGGACUGAGGCCGGCAACAACAGAUCAGACGGCGGCCACGUCCUGAGACAUUUCUUCGACGACUGGCCGAGAGAGUCGGAGGAUAACGGCGCCGGAAUCGGCUCCAGUCCGAUGCAUUCCGCAACCUGCCUGUCGAUAUCAAUGCCGGCGCCGGCGGCUUCCGACGUGUCGUUGAAGCUGGCUACCGGGAACGACGAGGGGGCAGGGGAGGAUGGAGAGAGUGAAAGGGUCCGAGCCCAAAUGAACUGGGCCACGGGAUGGGCUGGGAACCAUAUGGGUGGGCCGCUGGCUGAGGCCCUGAGAUCGUCCUCUUCAGCGUCGAAUUCGUCUCCUACAAGUGUUCUAAGCCAGAUUCCUCGCGGCACUGCUACUGAGACCAGCUUCGUCAGCGCUUAG